AUGAGAAUACAGGUACAUGCAGGAGGAUGUAGGUGUUGCGGGUGUUACAGAUGGUCACGAGUGAUGCAAGUGGUUGCAGAUGAUUACAGAAGGUUGCAGGUGGCUACGGAUGAUUACAGGUGGUUACAGGCAGUUUCAGAUGAUCGCAGAUGGUUACAGAUAACUACGGAAGAUUACAAAUGGUUGCACGAAGGCUACGGAUGA